UCACUCCCCGCCCCCGCUUGUGUCUCGCCCCCCCGGCAGGAUGCCGGACCAGAUCUCCGUCUCCGAGUUCAUCACCGAGACCACCGAGGACUACAACUCGCCCACCACGUCCAGCUUCACCACGCGGCUGCACAACUGCAGGAACACCGUCACGCUGCUGGAGGAGGCUCUAGACCAAGAUAGAACAGCCUUGCAGAAAGUGAAGAAAUCUGUAAAAGCAAUAUAUAAUUCCGGUCAAGAUCACGUACAAAAUGAAGAAAACUAUGCACAAGUUCUUGACAAGUUUGGAAGUAAUUUUUUAAGUCGAGACAACCCAGAUCUUGGCACCGCUUUUGUCAAGUUUUCUACUCUUACAAAGGAACUGUCCACGCUGCUGAAAAAUCUGCUCCAGGGUCUGAGCCACAAUGUGAUCUUCACCUUGGACUCCUUGUUAAAAGGAGACCUGAAAGGAGUCAAAGGAGAUCUCAAGAAGCCAUUUGACAAAGCUUGGAAAGAUUAUGAGACAAAGUUUACAAAAAUUGAGAAGGAGAAAAGAGAGCAUGCAAAGCAGCACGGGAUGAUCCGCACAGAGAUCACGGGAGCUGAGAUCGCAGAGGAGAUGGAGAAGGAACGGCGCCUCUUUCAGCUGCAAAUGUGCGAAUAUCUCAUUAAAGUUAAUGAAAUCAAGACCAAAAAGGGUGUGGAUCUGCUGCAGAAUCUUAUAAAGUAUUAUCACGCACAGUGCAAUUUUUUUCAAGAUGGCUUGAAAACGGCUGAUAAAUUGAAACAGUACAUCGAAAAACUGGCUGCUGAUUUAUAUAAUAUAAAACAGACCCAGGAUGAAGAAAAGAAACAGCUAACCGCGCUCCGAGACUUAAUAAAAUCCUCUCUUCAACUUGAUCAGAAAGAAUCUAGGAGAGAUUCCCAGAGCCGGCAAGGAGGGUACAGCAUGCACCAGCUGCAGGGCAAUAAGGAGUACGGCAGUGAGAAGAAGGGCUACCUGCUGAAGAAGAGCGAUGGGCUCCGGAAGGUGUGGCAGAGGAGGAAGUGUGCCGUCAAGAACGGGAUUCUGACCAUCUCACAUGCCACGUCUAACAGGCAACCCGCUAAGUUGAACCUUCUCACCUGCCAGGUGAAACCCAAUGCCGAGGACAAGAAGUCUUUUGACCUGAUAUCACAUAACAGGACGUAUCACUUUCAGGCAGAAGAUGAGCAGGAUUAUGUAGCAUGGAUAUCAGUAUUGACCAAUAGCAAAGAAGAGGCCCUCACUAUGGCCUUCCGUGGAGAGCAGAGCACAGGGGAGAACAGUCUGGAAGACCUGACAAAAGCCAUCAUUGAGGACGUCCAGCGGCUCCCUGGGAAUGACGUCUGCUGCGAUUGUGGCUCGUCAGAACCCACCUGGCUUUCAACCAACUUGGGUAUUUUGACCUGUAUAGAAUGUUCCGGCAUCCAUAGGGAAAUGGGGGUUCACAUUUCUCGCAUUCAGUCUUUGGAACUAGACAAAUUAGGAACUUCUGAACUCUUGCUGGCCAAGAAUGUAGGAAACAAUAGUUUUAAUGAUAUUAUGGAAGCAAAUUUACCCAGCCCCUCGACAAAACCCACCCCUUCAAGUGAUAUGACUGUACGGAAAGAAUAUAUCACUGCGAAGUAUGUAGAUCAUAGGUUUUCAAGGAAGGCCUGUUCAUCUUCAUCAGCUAAACUGAAUGAAUUGCUCGAGGCCAUCAAAUCCAGGGAUUUACUUGCACUAAUUCAAGUCUAUGCAGAGGGAGUGGAGCUGAUGGAACCACUGCUGGAAUCUGGACAGGAGCUUGGGGAGACAGCCCUACAUCUUGCAGUCCGAACUGCAGACCAGACAUCUCUCCAUUUGGUUGACUUCCUUGUACAAAACUGUGGGAACCUGGACAAGCAGACGGCCCUGGGCAACACGGCCCUACACUACUGCAGUAUGUACAGUAAACCCGAGUGUUUGAAGCUGCUUCUCAGGAGCAAACCCACCGUGGGUGUCGUGAACCAGGCUGGGGAGACUGCCCUGGACAUAGCAAAGAGACUGAAAGCUACCCAGUGUGAAGAUCUGCUUUCCCAGGCUAAAUCUGGGAAGUUCAACCCACACGUCCACGUGGAAUAUGAAUGGAACCUGCGACAGGAGGAGAUGGAUGAGAGUGAUGACGACCUGGAUGACAAACCGAGCCCCAUCAAGAAAGAGCGCUCCCCGAGGCCUCAGAGCUUCUGCCACUCCUCCAGUAUCUCGCCCCAAGACAAGCUGUCGCUGCCGGGAUUCAGCACUCCGAGGGACAAACAGCGGCUCUCUUAUGGGGCCUUCACCAACCAGAUCUUCGUCUCCACAAGCACAGAUUCGCCCACGUCACCAACCACAGAGGCACCUCCACUGCCUCCUAGAAACGCCGGGAAAGGUCCAACUGGCCCACCUUCAACACUCCCUCUAAGCACCCAGACCUCUAGUGGCAGCUCCACCCUGUCCAAGAAGAGGCCUCCUCCCCCACCACCCGGACACAAGAGAACCCUAUCCGACCCUCCCAGCCCACUACCUCACGGGCCCCCAAACAAAGGCGCAGUUCCUUGGGGUAACGAUGUGGGUCCAUCAUCAUCAAGUAAGACCACAAACAAGUUUGAGGGACUGUCUCAGCAAUCAAGCACCAGCUCUGCAAAGACUGCCCUUGGUCCAAGAGUUCUUCCUAAACUACCUCAGAAAGUGGCACUAAGGAAAACAGAAACCAGCCAUCACCUCUCCCUAGACAAAGCCAGCAGCCCGCCCGAGAUCUUCCAGAAGUCCUCGCAGUUGGCAGAGCUACCGCAGAAGCCACCACCUGGAGACCUGCCCCCGAAGCCCGCAGAACUGGCUCCCAAACCCCAGAUCGGAGAUUUGCCACCGAAGCCAGGAGAACUGCCCCCCAAGCCCCAGCUGGGCGACCUGCCCCCCAAACCCCAGCUGGCAGACUUACCUCCCAAGCCGCAGAUGAAGGACCUGCCUCCCAAACCACAGCUGGGAGACCUGUUGGCCAAGUCCCAGACUGGAGAGGUCUCCCCCAAGGUCCAGCAGCCCCCCGACGUCACCCAGAAGUCGCACCCAGCGGAUCUCUCCCCAAACGUGCAGUCCCGAGACACCAUCCAAAAGCAAGCGUCCGAAGAUUCCAAUGACCUCACACCCACCCUGCCAGAGACGCCUGUACCGCUGCCCAGGAAAAUCAAUACGGGGAAAAACAAGGUGAGACGAGUGAAGACCAUCUACGACUGCCAGGCGGACAAUGACGAUGAGCUCACCUUCAUGGAGGGGGAGGUGAUCGUCGUCACAGGGGAAGAGGACCAGGAGUGGUGGAUUGGGCAUAUCGAAGGACAGCCUGAAAGGAAGGGGGUCUUCCCAGUGUCCUUUGUUCACAUCCUGUCUGACUAGCAAAAAGCAGAACCUUCAGAUCGUCCACAUCCUCACGCAGGACUGCUGCCUCCACGUAACCCCGUGCACACGUCUGUAAAUAGCUGCUACAGAACGAGAGAGUCCCGGAAGGGCCACCUCAGGAGGGGAUAAGGUGUGUGUAAAUACCCUGUGGGCUUCUGCCCUCGCCAGUGUUGGGGGGUGCCCUGGGACCCGGCGCGCCUUCCUGGUCUGCCACGGCCGUCCCCGGCAUCUCGCACUUCCGCCUCUGUGCUGUUGUCCCAGCAGACAGACGAAACCAGGAAUCUAGGAACUGCUGCCUUUGCCAGUAAGAGUGGUCUCCAGCAACCGUUGAAAGGCGGAGAAUCCACCCUGUGUCCCUAACGAAACAGUAUUCUCAGUUGUGUUACUGCAAAUGCAACAUUAGCGAAGAGGGGGUUCUGUUUUCCAGGUGAAACUUAGCUCCACGGCAGACCAGCCUGUAGUUUAUCUGUGUACACAGUUUACAGCUACAAAAACCGACUUGGGUAUUUAUUACAGAAAAGUGCUUGGUUCAAUGUAAGUGUUACUCCUUCAGCAAAAUAGUCACCCACCCAACACCUUUGUGGCAUCUUCCGGUCCCUGCAGCCUCGUGCAGGUUAGGCCAGGUGGGUGUAUACUGUCUUCUGGUGAGGAUUGCCCGCCCCUGAGAUAUUACCUCAUUAUGCAAAACUAACAUAUCCUUCACGACUAUUUUGACAAAAGCUUAAGACACACCUGAUGAAGCUCAACUUCCAGGAACCGAGGACCGCCAGGAAACAUUAGCCUCUACAUUAUGCAUGCAUUUAGAAGCUUACCCGAAAUCUGCCUUUUAUAAAGGAAUAGUAUGGACAAGUGGAACUGUACAUUUUUUAACUUGAUCGCCAUUAAAGCAGAAAUUAUAAGGUUGCAACAA